CACACCGUUUCGCGUCUCUCCGGGCUCCCCCGCCGGCAGCACGGCACGCCCCGCCCCGCCCCGAGCAGCGUGCGAGCCCGGUGCUCAGAGCCCACCCGGACGCCUCGGCUAGUCGCCGGCACCCAGUCGGGCGUCUCGCCGUCGGACACGAGUGGCAGCCGGCCCCGCAGCCUGAGAAGACCCCGGAGCCGCAGAGGGGCUGGAGCAGAGAAAGGGGUGGGCCGGGCCAGCCCGUCUGCCUGCUGCUUUCCCACCGCCCUUUCCUGCGGGCGAGCCGCCGGAGAGCGGAGCGCACGGCUGCCUGGAGAGAGUAGUGCACGGCGGGCGGGGCUGUCGUAACUGAGAAGCGGCUGUGGCUCCAGAGCGCUUUGCUUAAACUGACGUGAGUGCUCAAAGCGUGGAUGCUGUAAGCUUUUUGAAAACUAUAUAUGCUUAAUAGAAUAUCUCACCAGCCAUGAGCCAAAGUAAAAGCUGGUGAAGAUUUAAAAGCGCUUUGUAGCUGCUGGCUUUCAUGCAGGCAUCUCUGAAUUGCUUUAGAGAAGACACGCUUCCUCUGAUCUUGUAUUUGAUAAAAGUUAAUACUGUUGGGUACAAGCGAUUACAGUGUAAUAUAAGUUGUCUCACUAUAAGUAGAAAGCCAAUGGCAUUUUUACUUGGACUUGGUCACUGUGAGAGAAGGCCUGGCUCUAAGAUGGAGCUGCCUGGCCUCACUUGUGCUGUUUGGAUGUUUAUUUGCUUCUGUGCAUCUGUGGAUGGCUAUCCAAAUGGAAGAGUAAGAAGUGCCUGCAGUAGCAUGAUUCCCUGUCACGGUGGCUCUCCACAUCAGUCACCUGAGCACACCAUUACAGUGAAUGUAACUGAAUUUAAACCAGGGGACAACAUAGAAGUUCAUCUAUUUGGACCUGAUUUUGAGGGCUUUUUCAUACAAGCCCGUGAUGCGGAACGCCUGGAUAGCCCUGCAGUUGGUUCAUUCAUGUUAGUUGACCGGAGACUUUCUCAGCUUCUGACAUGUGGCCGUACCAAGAAUUCAGCUGUCAGUCACACAAGUAAAGCAAAAAAGAAAUACAUAAAAGUUUAUUGGAUUGCUCCUGGAGAUGCCCCAAAACGUGUACAGUUUUUAGCCACAGUUGUGAAGAAGUACAAGACUUUUUGGGUGAAGAUUCCUGGUCCCAUUGUUUCUCAGUCAAAGGCACUAUCCCCAACAACACCCUUGGAUGUAACAUCAGAGGCUAUAUCAACUUCACACUCCAUUUCCCACUUAUCAAAGCCAUUUAAUGCAUCAGGUUGUGGAAUUUCAAAGUUCUGCAUUAGGAACCCUUCAAACUGUGAUCCUGCAAGUACUUCAUGUUUUUUUCUGUCCUUCCAACAUGAGAAGAGUUCAGUAUUUAUUGAAAUGAGUGGUCCAAGUGAAGGUUACUUAGCAUUUGCAUUGUCCUAUGACCAGUGGAUGGAUGGUGACGAUGCGUAUCUGUGCAUCAAUGGGGACCACUCUGUCCACGUACGCACUGCCUAUCUGAAGAGGCGAAGCCCUCCUCUUUUAGAUUCAGAGAAUGCCCUUGAAGAUGUGUCAUGGAGGCUUGUGGAUGGUGUUCUUCAAUGUUCUUUCAGAAGGAACAUUCGUCUUCCUGCUUAUAAAGGGAGAUAUAAUCUGGAUGCUAGUUACUACAUCUUUCUGGCAGAUGGGGAAGUUAGUGAAGGUGGACUAAUACACAAACAUCACCGUCAGCCUCUGAUCACAAAUGGAAUGUACAAUGUCACAGGCCUUCCUCAGGAUAUUGGAGGUUCCCGGUCCCCAGGACUUAUCAAGGCUCAUGGAGCGCUGAUGUUUGUUUCCUGGAUUACCACAGUCAGUAUCGGUGUUAUUGUUGCACGGUUCUUCAAACCUGUCUGGUGCCAUUCAUUUCUGUUUGGAAAGGAGAUGUGGUUUCAGGUGCAUCGAAUGCUUAUGUUGACCACAGUCAUGCUUACAAGCAUUUCUUUUGUGUUGCCUUUUGUAUACCGAGGAGGUUGGAGCCAGCAAGCAGGCUUUCACCCCUAUCUCGGCUGUACUGUGAUGGCUCUGACAGUAUUUCAGCCCCUGAUGGCAGGUUUCAGACCCUCUCAUCAUGCGCCAAGGAGGCAAUUGUUUAACUGGUUUCACUGGAGUACUGGUACAACAGUUAGAAUACUAGCUGUGGUGACUAUGUUCUUGGGAAUGGAUCUACCAGCACUUGACUUACCAGACCCAUGGGACACCUAUACAAUGAUUGGUUUUGUAGCUUGGCAUGUCAGUAUUGAUGUUCUUCUGGAAAUACACAGCUACUGUCUGGUUCGUAAAGUCGAAGUGAUAGAGGAUGACAGAGUGCAGAUACUGCAGUCACUCACGUCUGCAGAAGCAGAGGGUCGUCUGUUUAAACAAGUUAUGUUAACCAUCUACAUCUGUGGAAAUAUAGUAUUCCUCAUGGCCUUCCUGGCAGCAAUCAACCAAAUAUGACCACUGAGAAUUUUGUGAUGAAAGGUGCAAGGAAUGCGUUCUAUUACAACUUUCCCCUCCACAUCUCCCUGAAGAUGUAAUUGAAGAAUAAUAGCAGGUGUGCAUCAGACUCAGUGUUAGGGAGAGCUCGAAUUCAAAUCUACAGAACACUGCAAAAGCUGUCUUCUGAUGGGACUUGUAAUGAGAGUUUCUGCCCGAGUAAGGAAUGAAGUCUCUAUUUUUUAAGUGCAGUAACUAUCUUGUUUGAAGCUUAUAGGUUAAGAAGAUUGAGAAGAUGUGCUGAAAGUGCCCUUUUGAUAAUUCCCUAAACUUUUUGUGAAAGUUAUUGGGAGAGGUGGAAAGAUUGAUCUGGAAUCUGUUAUGUCUGUUCACUUAGCUGUGUUCCAAAACUACGUGAUGUGACAGCUUCCUGCUCAUGACAGUGUUGUGCAUUAAGAAAACCCUCGACAAGAAACAUAGUGAUAAACUGUCACAGAUGCUGGGUGGUUCAUGAGCUGAAGGCGGUUGUCUGACUUUGCAGUUACAUGCAAAAAAAUGUUCUCUCUGCUCUAAGAGCAGUACACUUCCACAAGCAUAUGAGUUCAGUAAAACCACCACUUGCCUCACAAUACUGUUCUGUCCCACUGCCAUCAGUGCUUCUAAAUCAUAGAGACAAAACAUGUUUACAACCUAAGUGCAUUAAAACCUCUUGUUCUUAUUCAAAACUCAAACAGGAAGAACCUGCGUGUAUGGAUUUCUGUGUUUUACUGUCUGUCUUUGCUUGUGGCUUCUGGAUUGCUUUUCUGUGUGAAUAAGAUGGAAUUAUGCCACUUGAUGCUUAAAUGGAAGUGAAAAUAUUUGUUUAGGAAUGUUUUAUUUGCACUAUUGAGUGAACCAUAGAUUAGGAAUUUGGUUUGACUUCAGGAAAGGCAGCUUCUGUUAAUGGCAAGUCAAAGUCAUUUGAGCUGAUGUAUCUAGGAGGCUAAAACUAUAAGAAUAUGAGGGGGCAUGUUUUUUUAGCCAACAAAAUAUGUAUCUAAAUAUGCAAACUAGAGAUUGGAAAGAGACUAUGUUGUUUAACUCUUUUGCUUCACAGUUUGCCUGAGUAUGGAACAACACUCUUGAAAUGGCAUCUCAGAAACAAACCCUUAAUACGCCAUGCAGUACAGUGCUUUGUGUUCUUUCUUUGCAGCUCUAACAGUGUGCUUCCAUACUUCCUCAUUUUUGGUACUGGAAAUUAUAGAUUUUUAGAUGUAAUGCUUCAAAAUAUAUCUUUAACCUAGAGCUACUAAGCUAGCUGGGAAUAAUGAUGUUGGAGUAUUGGAUAGAAUAGUAACCAGCGAGGCCUGAUUUGGUUUAGACUCUUACAGCAACAUCUCUCUACUGCCUGACAGCCAGUUCUAAAACUUGUAUGUAUGGCUCAGUUAGUGGUCUCUCCAUUUCCUAAUGCUGCCUGUUUCUGUCUCUUCAUCUCUCCAAAUCCACGAUGCAGCCUAUUGCAGGGAAAAGUCUUACUCAGAAAGCUGUAAAUUUAUAUUUGUAGUCAGUGAUCUUUAUGGCUACUCCAGUAACUGGUCUGGCCAUGAGGGCAUUUAUAGAGCUGGGAUUAAUCCAUUUGUCAGCAGCAGACUGUGAGUGAGUGUAGGCUGAAAUGUCUCCCUUCCUCCUGGAACCUGGAAAAAUGGCAUGCAGAUUGAGAAAAGGAGACUGUGAAGAAACAGGGCAAAACCCAGGCUGAAGGGCAAGAAGCACAUGGCUAAUUUUGUGGGUUUCUGUUUUUUUUUUAGAGAUCUGAGAAGCCUGGGACUCACAGGCCUGUCUGGUGCUAAAGUUAUGGGGGGGGACUCUUUCUGAUACCAUAGGUUUAUAGCAGAAAACCUCUCAACCUGGGCACGGUUGAUGGCUUUUUAAACUAAAGACAAUGCCAGAUUCGCCUGUAACUGAAGAGCUGUACUGUGUGCUGUUUUGUUUUCACGUGAUAAUGAACAAGAGAUUUUAAAAACAUGCAUGUAAAGAUCUUAAUGAAAGGGGGUUUUGACCCUUUUAGUAUGGUGAAAAACAUCAAAUGGAAAUUAGAAAAUAAUAGUCUUGCCUAGCAGCAAAAUGGAUUGUCUCUUUGCUUUGUAGAUGUUGUUUUAUAAAUUAAAGCUUUCUAAAUGCAACAUGGAGAAA